AUGUCUCUUAAAACCCUUCAGCGACUAGUUGGGAAAUGUGUCUAUUUUUCACUUGCUGUUCCUGCUGUGAGGUUGUCCAUCCGAGAAAUGAAUGCCGCCAUUUCAUGUGGGAUAUUAAAGCAAAAACUUGUUCCACUUAACCACCAUCUUCGUGCUGAGCUUGCUCAUUGGCUAUUUCUUAAUACAUGGGAUGACCCCCUACCUUGGCGGUAUGAACGGCACCUUCAGGUCAAGUUGGCCACCGACACAUCUCCAUCGGGUUGGGGGGGGGUACCUCUCCUUGUUCCCGACCAACAGCACACAUCUGAUUAUUAGAACAAUGAUGAAAUGCUUUGGGACAUUGCCACAAAGGAGGCCACAGCAAUCGAUCGUUUACUCUGUGCCUUUUCGACUCGUGUUAAGAAUGAUAUUUGCUGUGUUGGUGUAAUGUACUCAGGUGAAUAAGAUGCUGUAUGAUGUUACUCUGAGGGUGAGACACUCCAUGGUUUUCGAUCAGGAUGCGCAAUCACUUUGGCUCUUUCUUGUGCAGACCGUUUGGAGAUAAUGAUCAUGUGGGCUGGUCUAGACGUCACACUGUGUUGUAUUAUAUGCAGCUGGCUAAGGUCUUGAAUCCUACUGGGGCCUCAGCAAAAUUAGCGUCUAAUGUUGGUGUGGAUCCAUUCCAUGCUUUGCAGAACAUGAACAAAUUAAAGCAUUUCAUUUGUGCUUUUCCAACUGCAAGUUUCCACAAGCGACCUCGUUUGGAUGAUUGA